AUUGGAGAUGCCCCCCCGGCUUGCAUUCUCGCACUUAUAAAAAGGAGAGACUUUCUUCCCCCCCGCUCCUCGCCCUCCACCAUCUUUACACUGCAGUGUACUUGUCAUCUCCAUUCCUUGUGGCGCACCAUUCCUACUUUCUUUUCACUCUAGCUCCUUUCGUCUUUCUUCUCUCUUACAGUUCUUCCUCCUCGCUCUCUUCCCACACUCGCACCUCAUUCCACACUUUUUCCCACCCUUUACUCAACCUUUCAACACCACGUUAUCCAACUCCUUUUUAACAAUGGCCUCCCACAAGCAACAGCGCAAGCAAAAGAAGCAGCAACAGGCCGUCGCCACUCGUAAUUCUCAAAAGGCUGCCGCUGAACGCAAAGGUGUCCCCCCUACCGAACCCAAACCUCUCAGCCGCAACGGACGCAGAAAGGCUGCUGCUCGCGCAAGAGCGAAUAGUCUCCAGCAGCAAGAAGAGACAAAGAUCCCCGCCAUCCAAGAUCCUAUGAAACAGCCGGCAAGUGAGCCAAUGGAUCUGGAAAUGAAACAAGAGUUGAACGUUCCCAUCGCUCAAAACGACGAGGUGCAAAAUGUCAUUGAGCCUGUUAAACAGAGAGCGAAUAGUCUCCAGCAGCAAGAAGAGACAAAGAUGCCCGCCAUCCAAGAUCCUAUGAAACAGCCGGCAAGUGAGCCAAUGGAUCUGGAAAUGAAACAAGAGUUGAACGUUCCCAUCGCUCAAAACGACGAGGUGCAAAAUGUCAUUGAGCCUGUUGAACAGAGAGCGAAUAGUCUCCAGCAGCAAGAAGAGACAAAGAUCCCCGCCAUCCAAGAUCCUAUGAAACAGCCGGCAAGUGAGCCAAUGGAUCUGGAAAUGAAACAAGAGUUGAACGUUCCCAUCGCUCAAAACGACGAGGUGCAAAAUGUCAUUGAGCCUGUUAAACAGAGAGCGAAUAGUCUCCAGCAGCAAGAAGAGACAAAGAUGCCCGCCAUCCAAGAUCCUAUGAAACAGCCGGCAAGUGAGCCAAUGGAUCUGGAAAUGAAACAAGAGUUGAACGUUCCCAUCGCUCAAAACGACAAAGUCGUUGCCGCCGUGGCUCCAGCAGCGGAACCAUCUGCGAAGGGAGGCGAGAUGCCUAGCCCACACCCCCUCCUGGUGCGAGCUGUGGGCGCCACUAGACCAAUGGCUGCAUUCGUCCACUCCCAUCCGGCCCUCACCACAGCGGCUGGUGUGGGAGUCGGACUGUGCGUCCUACCACUUGUCUUGCUGACCAGUCCGAUGAUAUUGUCGACGGCGGCGACGUACAAACUUUUGUGUCCAACGAGAGUCAAGGACACGUUACAUCAUUAUUCGGCCAAGUUAGCGGAGGAGAUCCGACGGGCAGCGCAAACUGUCUAG